AUGAUGAAGCCUAGGUCGCAAGAAAUCAUUCUCGACUGCUUCUUCCAACCUGACCAUAAAAGUAGAGCUGAAGAGAUAUUAAAUAUUAUCAAAGUGACAACAAAAGAUCUGCUGCCCGCCGGUGGUCAUGCAAUCAGCUCUCCGUUUGGAUCCGUGUUAAACCAGUCAGCUCCUUUGAAUCCUACCCUCUAUUCUUCUAUAUAUAUGGACUGCUACAACAGACCACUAGAGCAGGAAAGGUGUUGCAUUCCUUAUUUAGGAAUUUCUGUUGGCAGUAAACCGCCUCAUUACACCGAUCCAUGCUGUUCCCAGGGCAAAAUUAGUCAUAGUUCACGCAAGAAUGAAGUCAAUUGUUGUCCGGCUGCUGAAUGUCCUGCAAAGAGACCUCUGUACUGCCACUAUCCAUCGGGCGCCGCUCCUCUUGGUCAUCACCAUCCCAUGGAGAGAAUUGGAUUCGAUGAAAGUUUGACUAAAAAUAAAUUAAAUUGUUGA